AUGGCACGAUUUCUCCGGUUCGCACUCUUUCUGUGCCCCUUCCUGGUGUCGGCUAGUACCACGGAUCCGGAUCCGUCCCGGCCGUGGGAGGCAUACAUCAAGAGCCCGUCAUCGCGCACCGUCCUCCCCAAACAGAUCCACGCCGUCUCCGGCGCCGCCGAGGUAACGUCGGCCGACGAUGGCACUUACAUCCUCUCGUUACGGUCCGGCGGUCAAGUCUCCCUCGACUUUGGCUACGUCGGUGGGCUCCUCUCCCUGACCACAGAGACGGACGACGUGACCACUCUGGAGACGACGGAGGGCUCGUCGGGACCGCACUUCUCCCUCGCCUUCGCCGAGUCUCCGGCCUUCGUCCGCGCCAUCUCGGACGACACGGGCGCAGUGCCGACCCAGGACUACGACAAGGCUCUCAACGUGUCACUCACCGCCACCUCCUCAUCCCGCUACACCAUGCCCACGGAGCGCUUCCGCGGCGGCUUCAAGUUCGUCACGAUCCACGCCUUCCGCCCCGUGACAAUCUCCUCCGUCGUCUGCCACCUCGGCUACUCCCCCUCGCAGGACGACCCCAGCGACUACUCGGGCCACUUCCACACGCCCGACGACGACCUCCUCGUCCGGGCAUGGUACGCCGGCGUCUUCACGGCGCAGACCAACAUCGCGCCGCCCAACACCAGCCGCUGGCUGCCGCAGGUCAAGGACGGCUGGGCCUACAACGCGACGCUCGGCGCCGAAGGGCCCAUGCUCCUCGACGGCGCAAAGCGCGACCGCGCCGUAUGGCCCGGCGACCUCGGCAUCGCGGGCACGACGGCCUACCUCGGUCUCGGCGACGUCGGUCUUGAGUCCGUCUACUACGCCCUCGAGACCAUGUUCAUCUACCAGAACGCGUCCACCGGCGCGCUGCCCUUCGCGGGGCCGACGACGGGGUCCUGGCGCCGCGGCGCGCGCAGCGACACGUACCAUGCCUGGACGCUGAUCGCGUGCUUCAACUACGCCGUCUUCACCUCCGACUCCGACUGGGUCGACGCCCGCUGGGGCAACAUCUCGGCGGGCGCGGCCUACAUCAUCCGCGCCCUCGACAACGACGUCGGGCUCGCCGAGCAGGUCGAGACGAACGACUGGGCCCGCCUCGGCGGCGGCAGCUUCAACAGCGCCCUCAACGCGCUGAACUACCACGCGCUGCACGCCCUCGCGGACCUGGCGGCCGACACGGCCACCGAGGCCAACGGUCGCGGCGCGCAGGCCGGGACCUGGGCGGCGGCGGCGGCGAGGCUCAAGGCGGCCUACAACGCCGUCCUCUGGGACGCCUCGGCGUCCCUCUUCCGCGACAACGAGACCGACGCCGGCGCGCGCCUGUUCCCCCAGGACGGCAACGCCCUGGCUCUCUACUACAACCUCACGACGUCCCCAGCCCAGGCGUCGGCCGUCUCGGCCGCCCUCCUCGGCAACUGGAACGACAUCGGCCCCGUCACGCCCGAGUUGCCGGACACCGUCUCGCCGUUCAUCUCGAGCGUCGAGGUGCUCGCCCACCUGGCGGCCGGCAAGCCUCGCCGCGGGUUGCGCCUCAUGCGGCGCACGUGGGGAUACAUGCUCGACUCGCCGCUGAUGACGGGCGAGACGCUCAUCGAGGGCAUGAGCGCCAACGGGUCGCUCUACUACCGCUCGCGGCGCGGCUACAACUUCGACGCGGCGUACACGUCGCUGUCGCACAGUUGGUCGACGGGGCCGACGCAGGCGCUGAGCUUCAAGGUCGUCGGGCUUGAGGUUGUCGGGUGGAAGAAGUGGGUGUUCCGGCCGCAGCUCGGGGACCUGAGGAGGGUCGAGGCCGGGUGGAGGGACGCCAAGGGAGGCGAGUUCGGCGCAGUGGUCCUGGCCGGGGACGGGGGCGUGCUGGAGGCCGAGAUUCGGACGCCCGAGGGGACCAAGGGGACGGUGGACGUUCCGAACUGUGAGGUUGUAUUGGUCGACGGCGAGGAGUGGAAUGGCGGUGAGAUCCGAGGCGGGAGGAGGAAGGUGAGAGGUGAGGGCUGCCGGACCAGUUGUUAA